AUGAAAGGUCCCGGCGCCCUGCGGAGCAAGGGUGGCUGCCUCAGCACCUUGCUGGCGGAGGAGUUGCCCGGCGGCCGGCGAGUGCCAGGCUGGGCUGGUGAUGCUGUUGCCCCGCGGGUCUGUGGGGCUGAGGUUGUGCCGGGGUCCUGGUGUGUUGGGGGGCUUCAGGUACAGUUUGAGCAGGGGGACAUCUCUGCCCCCCGGGAUCUGUGCUCUGGGACUGGCUCGUUCUCCAGCCUCCAGGUCCCUUUUGAGGAGGAGCCCGUGUUUGGAAAGGGUGUCCCUGACCCCCUCAUCCCCUCCUUCCCUUGCAGCCUGCGGCGGGAGGGCUACACGGUGCAGGUGAACGUCAACGACUACCUGGACAUCUACUGCCCGCACUACAACGCCUCAGUGCCCGAGCACCGGCUGGAGCAGUACGUGCUCUACAUGGUGAACGCGGAGGGCUACCGCACCUGCAACACCAGCCAGGGCUUCAAGCGCUGGGAGUGCAACCGGCCCCACGCGCCCCACAGCCCCAUCAAGUUCUCGGAGAAGUUCCAGCGCUACAGCGCCUUCUCGCUGGGCUACGAGUUCCGUGCGGGGCAGGAGUACUACUACAUCUCCACGCCGACGCACAACCACCACCGGGCCUGCCUGAAGAUGAAGGUGUUCGUCUGCUGCGCCUCCACGUCGCAUUCCGGGGAGAAGCUGGUGCCCACCCUGCCGCAGUUCACCCUGCGGCCCGAGGUGAAGAUCGAGGACCUGGACAACUUCAACCCGGAGAUGCCCAAGCUGGAGAAGAGCAUCAGUGGCACCAGCCCCAAGCGGGAACACUUGCCCCUGGCUGUGGCCGCCGCGCUCUUCCUCAUGACACUACUGGCCUCCUAGCUCCCGGUGCCGGCGGGGGCCCAGCCAGCGCGGCUCCGCCGAGUGGGGACCCCCCGACCUGCCGCCCCUCAUGAGAGCCACCGGGGAACCACUGCGGGACCACCCCCUCCCUGCCCGGAGAGCCGCCCCGUGGGGCAGGGGUCCAUGGGACGCGCCGAGCCUGGCUGGGACUCGUCCCCCCGCCACCAUGCCGGGGCCACGUCUGCGAGGAUGCGGCUCGGUGCUGCCACACGCACCGCACCUUCCACCGACACCGUCCCGCGGCGCGGACCCCCGCCUGCAGCCCACCCUGUGCCCCGUGGCUGGGGGGGCAGAACCAGCCGGGAGAGCCCGGUGAGGGCAGGGACGCCCAGGGCCGGGCAGGCUGUACAUACCUAUAUAGAGAUCUAUACAUACUGUACAGAGAGCGACUAUACAGAUAUAUCUAUACUGUACCAUAGGCAGCGACGCCGGCCCCGGGCUGGCUUGUACAUAGUCAAACGUGUUGGAUUUUCCUCGUCUUCCGUGAAGACCCGACCUAUGCAAACGCACAGACACUUUUUGGGGAAAAACAAAACAGAACAAAAAAACAAACUCAACCUUUUUUUCAAGUGCUUUGGCUGGUGAUUUUCAUAUUCUGCUCUUAGUCUAUUAAAAAAAAAAAAAUAAUAAAAG